AUGUUUAAGCUAUUUAGAGAAAAAAAGGAUAAAUAUAACAGAAAAUGCAUUUGGAGAGUUUAGAGUUUAUUAAGUAAUUAACCUGAAUCAGAAACAGGCUUCAAAAUUCAGUUUGAUGAAAUAAGCGAAUAAGAUUUUUUAAAAAUGAGUUCUGCCUUAUCAAAUUGCUCUAAUCUUUAAGUUUUAAAUUUAAAUUUUGAUAAUCAUUGUGUGAUUAGUGAUCAAAGUAUCUAGGCAUUAGCCACUUCUUUAUAGAACUGCAAAAAUGUCUUUUAUUUCAGCUUACGUUUAAAUUGUUUAGAUUAACUUACUGAAAAGGGAGUAUAAGAUUUAGGACUUAUUUUAGAAAGAUUUAAAGAUCUUACAAAAUUGAAACUUCAAAUUAAAUGUCUAAAUGAUGAAAAGAGUAAACAAAUCUUAUUCCAAGCUUUAGCAAAAUGCUUGAAACUAUAAUUUCUUGCACUUAUUUUCAAUUGGUUUGAAUUUGAGGAUGCUGAUGCUAAAUAUUUAGGAGUUUGUUUAUCUAAUUGUGUUAAUCUGACUACUUUCAAACUCAAAUCCUUAUCUCAAAAGAUGGGUUAUAAGGGUAUAUAAGAUCUAUUUUUUGCUUUAACCAACUGCUCUAAGCUCUCAACAAUCUUGAUAGAGAUAAGAUUUAAGUAUCAUGAAAAUGAUUAUGAACAUUAAUUAGAUUAAAUAGGUAUAUGCUCUGCUUUACCGUAUUUUCCAAAACUCUCAAAACUAAAACUAGAACUACAUAAAGAAGUUAUUGGCGCUAAGAGUCUUUUAGAUUUAGGGAAUGAUUUAGCAGGAUGUUCUAAUCUUUAAAUUCUAGAACUCUCUUUCAUGAAUGAGAUGAGCUCAAAGUGCACAUUAGAACUAGGAUCUGCUUUAGCUAAAAGCUCAAGUCUUUCAAUUUUAAAACUUGAUUUAAGUCAGAAUAAAAUUGAUGAUGAAGGUGUUUCUAAUUUAGGGUUUACUUUAAAAAACUGUUCUAAAUUAUCAAAUUUAGAUCUUAAUUUAGCAGAAAAUAACUUUGGCAAAUAGGGAGUAUCACAUUUAAUAACUUAUUUAUCAAGCAAUACUAGUCUCACAACUUUAAAGCUUAACCUCUAGUAAAAUAAAUUGGAUGAUGAAGCAGUAUCAGGUAUAGGAUCUUCUUUUAUAAAAUCCUCUAAAAUCAGGAAUUUAACACUUGAACUUAUGGAAAAUGAAAUUGAUAAAUAAGGUGUAAAAGAAUUAGGAUCUGCUUUUCAAAGUUGGGAUAAUAUUUAAAUUAUAACAAUUGAUAUCUCGUAUAAUAAACUAAGAGAUAAAUCAGAAUCUGAAAAACUCUAUUAUUACAUGUUUAAAAUGAAGAGAUUAGUUUAAAAAUAUUUGGGAUACUCUUACUAUAAUAAUUGA